AUGCUUCCUCACUCCAAACCCUCUGCUCUCGUGCCCUCUCGAAAUGCCCUUCGAGUUCUACGCCAAUUGGCAUUGGCCGGUUCAACAGUCGGCGGCUUCUGCGCUGUAGCAGUCUUGACGUACGAUGUGCAUCGCCGAGUCCGCAUCGCCGAGAAAAUUGUGGAAAACAAACGAACAUUACACACAACCGCACCUAAUUACGAUGCAACCUCUGCCGCAAGACGUCUUGCAGUGAUGGUAGAAGCUGCAGAAGCAGGAGAAUUCAUGGGAAUUGAAUCCCUCAAGACCAACAAACAGAAACCUACCCGCGGUCCCGAAGACCCAAAAUCGAACACUUCCCCAACAAAACGCGAUCCAUAUCCCAAACCCAAGCCUUUGAUUACAUUGGAGAAAUCACAUAUUCGCCAGAAAAAGUGGUGGAGUGAUGACCCGGCCAUGUUCCAAAGCAAAAGGAAGCUGGAAGGACCCAGCUUAGCUCGGAAUCUCGAAAUUCUGGCCAUUGAGGCUCUCCAAGCGGAACAAUCUAUGUUAAAAGGCAAACCUCCUUUGGAUGCCGAGCUUCGUCGAUUGCUGAAUGAGGAUCGGGAGAUUACUGCCGCGAACUUGUUUUUGGCGGCCGUCACUCCCCCGAAUGACAUCUCAUGGGAGCGGAGACAACUUGCGUGUCACAUCUUUACCGCAAACUGCAUGAAAGGAAAUAUAUUCAUUGCCCGAACUAUCUUCAAUCGACUCAAUGAUAUCAGUAUUGUCUCCGAAGAGAUGUGGGCCACCUUGAUGCAUUUACUCGCGAAAGAGGGCCAUAUCGAUUCUGUCGGUGUACUCUAUGAGAAAUUUUGUUCCAAAUUUGUUGUUCCUACUCAUUUGCUGGAGGUCAUUCUCCGGUGCCUAAUUGAGUCCAAGCGAUUGGAUGAGGCCAAACACCUAUUUCACCUGCGUUUCAAAGAUGACUAUAACUGCGGCUUGUGCGGAGCCUACCUCGAUGGACUAUGGAGGAAGACUAGGAGUAUUGAAUUACUCAACGGGGAAUUCACCAGGAUCCUCGACAGUCUUCGAGGCCUUGGGCGAAAGCCGACCGAAAAGCUGUUCAACCCGAUGGUCAAAGCCCUGGUCGAAUCGGGUCGUUCUGAAAUGGCCGAGGCAAUGGUCAAAGAUAUGCCAUCCACGUAUGACGUGCAACCUGGGUCCCGUACCAUUGGUUUGAUCAUCUAUAGCAGGGCGCUCGAUUGUAAUUGGGAUCGAGUUAUGGAUGGGCUCCAUGCCAUGCACGAUGCAGGAUUUACAAAGCAAAAGAAGGACUUUGCUCUCGUCUUUGACCGUGUCUUGCUUGAAUACUAUCCAACUCACACAGGCAAACAAACGUUUGACUUGCUCGUCUCAUGCAUCAAUGAAUUCGAAAUUGUACCUGACCGGGUCCUUCAUCGGCACAUCAUUGAAGCAGUUGUCGAGAAAGGCAGUCAAGAAAUGCUCGAAGCCAUCGUGGAGAUGGCCACCCAGCGUCAAUGGAACACCGGCAUUGGUGAUAAACAGAUUCUCGAGAUUCUAAAAACGAGAAGGGUCGCAAUGACCAAUAGCCCGGUAGGAAUUUGGCGAAUGAUUCAAGCAGCCAAGGAUCGACAAGCGGCUUCGUCUUCUUCUCGACGCAUCCUUGGUGAUAGCUCUGAAGCCUGGGCAGUGCGAGGAGAAAAGAUAUUGCCAAUUCACGCACCCGCUGAGGAAACCUAUUCUGAGACAUUGAAAAAAAUGGCGAACUCCAAAAAUGCCAGUUGGCACGUUCCGCUCCACAAGCACAUGGAGCACUAUCUCAACGUUGGCCGGCCCUCUGAUGCAUUGGAGGUGUAUCAAAAAGCCACCGAUGGUGGUCACGUUGUCAGACCUCACCAUAUAACUUUAGCCGUGAUUGCCUCAAUUCUCGCUGACCGCAGAAAUGGCGUCAACAACGCGCGAGACAUGAUAACGUCCGAAUGGGUUUACUGGAAGCAGGUUCCAACACUUCGUCACAACAAGCGCUUCACACCAUGGCUCCCGAUAUUCUUCCAGCGCAUUUCGCGUGUUGACCCAGGCGCUAUGGGACAAGCGGGAUUGAUCAAGAUGGCCAUUUUCGAAUAUUACACAAUUUGCAACAAUACCCCAGGUAUGACUGUAAAGCACUUAUGUGCAGCUUCUUACAGUCAUUACCUCCUGAAAGUUGGAGCACCAGAAAUUGUUGUCGACCUUCUCACAACCAUUUACCAAUCUCGCUGGAGGAUUUCUCAUGGGUUUGACCAGGUGCUGCUGAAGCUACUCCUACGAGCUUAUGCCAGACUGGGCAACCUUAAGGGGGUCUGGUGGUGUAUAUUAACAGUCCUUUCACGACAAGAGGCGAUCAAGUCUGAAUUUGUCGCUGAAGCUCUGUCCCAGAUGAUUUCAUUGGAUGCGGCCCUGGCCGAUGCUCCUGGGAGUACCAAGAUGCAACUCCGUACAAUCAAGGACGCCGUUCAGGCUCUCAAAUCCAAGUCUUGCGGUGACGCGCAGUGGGUAAACCUCAGCGUUGACUCAACGUCGAAAAAGGCAAGGCGCUCCCGGCGCACUCCGCCCAAGAAGGAAGAUCCUUCCCUGCCUACUCUCCCUCUCAAGGAUCUGAUCGUGGAAUUUGACGAAGAGUGGGAGCUGGACUUGCUACUGAAACGCAAGAAUUUUACUACUGCCGAGCAGACCAAGUGGUGGGCGGAGCACAACCUCUCCAAUUGUCAUUCUAUGGCAGCGGAAGAGCAUGACUACCCUGCCUACAAAGCCGAAACCUGGGAUCGAUAUUACGUGCCAGGGAAGUGA